GUAGAGCAGUGAGGAAUGUCUUGCUGCAGAUGCUCCUCUGGUUUAAAAAAGACGACACAGUGAACCUGAGUAGCUAUUGUCAAAGAUGCUGGCCCGUCACAGAGAAAAUAAUACGACAACAAACACAGAGGAGCAAUAUGAGAACGUAGAACAUCCUUGGGAUCCGACACCCUGGUACUGGAAGACAGACGACAGACAGUUGGACCUCCAGCAAAAACACUUUAGGACAAUUACAACAAUACAAAAAAAGGAACUAAAAGGCUUAAAAGCAAUUUAAAAAAUGAAUUGUACUUAAGUAAGGCACCUGCAUGUUUCUUCCACCACUUUUGUAUCUUUUGCAGUUAAAAAAAAAAUAGUAAAUUGAAUUAAAAGAAAAGAAAUACAUGGGUACACGGGGAAAGAUUCUCGUGACAACGCUUUUGUUCCCACCCGGUCUGUAAACAGCAGCGCACCCGGAAACAGGAGCAGCGUGGAGAUUCAGCCCAGCGGUGGCUAACCACUUUAGCAUAAAACGGUUUUUAAUUGUAUACAUCCAUCAUGGAUAACACAACAGAAGGGACGUGGGAGAGUUUACCUGUUAAACUCAACGACGGGAUUUUACAAACACUCGAUGAAGUGAAGUUCACGCACAUGACACCUGUACAGUCUGCUUGUAUCCCGUUGUUCAUGAGUAACAAAGAUGUGGCUGCUGAGGCGGUGACUGGGAGCGGAAAGACACUUGCUUUUGUCAUUCCUAUUAUAGAGCUGCUCCUGAAGAGAGAGGAAAAGCUAAAGAAGAUGCAGGUCGGUGCCCUGGUGAUCACUCCCACAAGAGAAUUGGCCCUGCAGAUCAGCGAAGUGAUUGCGCUGUUCCUUCAGAAAUUUCCACAGUAUACGCAGAUUUUACUGAUUGGUGGCACCAACCCGAUAGAUGAUGUGGAAAAGUUCAAGGAACACGGGGCAAACAUUGUGAUUGCGACACCGGGCCGUCUGGAGGAUAUGUUCAGGAGGAAGGCGGACGGUCUGGACUUAGCCAGCUCAGUCAAGAGUCUUGAUGUGCUGGUUCUCGAUGAGGCCGAUAGACUUCUCGACAUGGGCUUCGAGGCCAGUCUGAAUAUCAUCUUGGGCUUCCUGCCUAAACAGAGACGGACAGGCUUGUUUUCAGCCACUCAGACUCAGGAGCUGGAGAAGCUGGUGAGGGCCGGCCUCAGAAACCCUGUACGCAUCACUGUCAAAGAGAAAGGCGUGGCUGCCUCCGCCGCUGUACAGAAAACGCCCUCCAGACUCGCAAACUACUACACCAUAUGUAGAGCAGAGAACAAGUUCAACAACCUGGUGAUGUUUCUAAGGCAACACAAGCACGAGAAGAAUCUGGUGUUCUUCAGUACGUGUGCGUGUGUGGAGUACUACGGCCGAGCUCUGGAGUUUCUGGUCAAGAAGGUCACAGUCCACUGCAUCCACGGCAAGAUGAAAAACAAACGCAACAAGAUCUUUGCUGACUUUCGGGCCCUGAAAAGUGGGAUCUUGGUGUGUACAGAUGUCAUGGCCAGAGGCAUUGAUAUCCCUGAGGUGAACUGGGUGCUGCAGUACGAUCCUCCCAGCUGUGCCAGUGCCUUUGUCCAUCGCUGUGGACGUACAGCACGUAUCGGCAAUCAGGGCAACGCCCUCGUCUUUCUGCUGCCAAUGGAGGAGGCGUAUGUCAAUUUUUUGUCCAUCAAUCAGAAAUGCCCACUCCAGAAGUUGGUCCUCUCAAAGGAUGUCGUGGAUGUGCUUCCCAAAGUGAAGGCCAUGGCUCUGGCAGACCGAGCCAUGUUUGACAGAGGCAUGAGAGCCUUCGUGUCGUACGUCCAGGCCUACGCCAAACACGAAUGUAGUCUCAUCUUCAGGAUCAAAGAUAUGGACUUUGCCACCUUAGCCCGCAGCUUUGCCCUCCUUCGCCUGCCGAAGAUGCCCGAGCUGAGGGGGAAGACGUUUCCCGAUUUCAUCGAGACGACAGUGGACACAGAGACCAUCCGCUACAAGGACAAGAGCAGGCAGAAGCAGAGAAAGAUGAUGCUCGCCGAGCUGAAAGAGCAAGAAAAGAUCCCCCUUCCCAAAAGGAACUUCACCAAGAAUAAGUCCUGGUCGAAACAGAAGACCAAGAGGGAGCGCAGGCUAAAGACGUCAAUCAAGAGGAGGCGCGAAGAGGGCUCUGACGUGGAGGAUGAAGACAUGCAAGAGCUUUUAAAUGACACUCGUAUCCUCAAGAGACUAAAGAGAGGACAAAUCACCGAGGAGGACUUUGAGGAGCAAAUAACAAGUGGAACAAAGUCAAAACACAAAGCAGGAGGACCGUCACACGGCGGCCCAGAGGUCGAGGACGUGUGAUCAGCUGUGUUCAAAUUUGUCUAUGUAAAAAUCAGAAUACAAAUAAACAUUUGUUUACCUUUUCA